AUGGUAUCCUUCGAAAAUCUACGGCCACUAUUGACCAAUCCUCUUGCACCUGAGCAGUCAUGUACUGAACUACAAGAUGCCGUAUUAUCAUCAUUGACGACCAUUGUAAUGGUUCCUAAUUCGAUACCGACUGUUUCAUCAAUAAAGAAUAAAGAUGAACUGAAUGAAUUAUUAAUUAAAAACCGAAAGUUGACAAGCAAUAAUUCAAUGGCCGAUGUUAGUCGUCGAUUACGACGAAGAAAAAUAAUUUACGAUCAACUUUGUAAAAUAACUGAUAUCAUGUGUUUUCUUGGUCUUUUGGGUGUUCUUUUAAUGAUUAUCGAAAAUGAGAUUAAAUUUAUGAGUUUAAAUGAAAAAGGUAUAAUGAUUAGUUGGAUUAUUAAAUUAAUAAUUACAAUUACAACAAUUAUUCUUGUUGGUCUUGUAUUUUAUUACCAUUGUUUAGAUUUAAAACUCUAUUCUGUUAAUAAUGCAAUGAAUAAUUGGUGUAUUAGUUUAACAAACAGGAAAAAAAUUUCAAUUCUAUUUGAAGUCUUCAUUUGUUUUAUACACCCUUUUCCUCGGUCUUUUCCUUUAAAUUCGAAUUUACGCCAUGAUAAUGCAACAAUAACUGAUUCAUUGAAAACAACACCUAUGUCUCCAUCUCAUAUAAAUAUUGAUGUUCCACUUGGUUUAUUGAUGUUUGCUCGCUUUUAUUUGGUAUUUCGUUUUAUUUUAUUUCAUUCUUUUUUAUUUCGUGAUGCAUCAGCACAAUCAUUGGGUUAUCUUAAUAAAGUAUCAAUGGAUAUUUUCUUUCUUAUUAAAAUUUAUCUUGAGCAAUGGCCAACUCGUUGUUUAUUAUCAUUUUGUGGACUUCUCUUUUUUAUUGGUAGUUGGUCAUUACGAGCAUGUAAUUAUAUUACAAUAGCAGAACAUUUAUCUAUUCUUGAUUCAAUGUGGUUAUUGAUUGUUACGUUUACCACUAUUGGUUAUGGAGAUAUAACACCAUCGACUUAUUGUGGACGAUGUAUUGCGAGUAUAAUUGGUUUAAUUGGUGUUUUGUCUACUGCUCUUCUCAUAUCUGUUCUAGCAGAUAAACUUAAAUUAACUCGAUCAGAAAAAUACGUGCAUAAUUUUGUAUUAAAUAUUGAAUUGGCGAAAAAACGUAAUAAUCAAGCAGCUAAUAUAAUAAAAUUUGUAAUAAAAGUUUGGUAUUUAAAACGAAAGCAUCAAUGUACAUCGGCCGAAUAUAUUCGUGUACAGCAAAAAUUAUUUCGAUCGAUACGUUUUAUUCAAAAAUUAAAACAAAAACAAGGAAAAUUAAUUGAUAAUUGUAUUGGAUUACAAGAAAUAAUUAUGAUACAACGAGAAACAAAUAGUAAAACAGAAGAAAAUGCAGAACAAUUAACAAUAAUGAAAUCAAAAGUAGAUAAAAUUGAUGAAAAUCUUGUUGAUAUAAAUCAUACAAUGAUAAGUAUAGAAAAAACACUUAAUCUUUUGUUGAAUAAAAUAUCACAAGAAGAGAAAACUUUUUAA